UUUUGUAUCAAACCAGGCCCCAGAGGAAAGGACAUUCCAGUAGUUUUGUUUCUGGAAAAGAGGGCACCCAGCCCUUCCCCCUCCCUCAUCCUCCCAUCCCAGUAACCCCUGCCAAAUUGAAAUCCUGGACUUAAUUUAGGAGAAAGGCCCUGUAACCAAGAUACUGACUGAACAUGGCUGGCGGACUCAGGCUGGAGUCUGCAGUGCAGCAUUAAUGGGCCGCUGACAUGAAUAUGGAGUAGUUUUCUCUAGCAAAGAGUAAUGUGGGCCAUGGAGUCAGGCCACCUCCUCUGGGCUCUGCUGUUCAUGCAGUCCUUGUGGCCUCAACUGACUGAUGGAGCCACUCGAGUCUACUACCUGGGCAUCCAGGAUGUGCAGUGGAACUAUGCUCCCAAGGGAAGAAAUGUCAUCACGAACCAGCCUCUGGACAGUGACAUAGUGGCUUCCAGCUUCUUAAAGUCUGACAAGAACCGGAUAGGGGGAAUCUACAAGAAGACCAUCUAUAAGGAAUACAAGGAUGACUCAUACACAGAUGAAGUGGCCCAGCCUGCCUGGUUGGGCUUCCUGGGGCCAGUGUUGCAGGCUGAAGUGGGGGAUGUCAUUCUUAUCCACCUGAAGAAUUUUGCCACUCGUCCCUAUACCAUCCACCCUCAUGGUGUCUUCUACGAGAAGGACUCUGAAGGUUCCCUAUAUCCAGAUGGCUCCUCUGGGCCACUGAAAGCCGAUGACUCUGUUCCCCCGGGGGGCAGCCAUAUCUACAACUGGACCAUUCCAGAAAGCCAUGCACCCACCGAUGCUGACCCAGUGUGCCUCACCUGGAUCUACCAUUCUCAUGUAGAUGCUCCACGAGACAUUGCAACUGGCCUAAUUGGGCCUCUCAUCACCUGUAAAAGAGGAGCCCUGGAUGGGAACUCCCCUCCUCAACGGCGGGAUGUAGACCAUGAUUCCUUCCUGCUCUUCAGUGUUGUAGAUGAGAACCUCAGUUGGCAUCUCGAUGAGAACAUUGCCACUUACUGCUCAGAUCCUGCUUCAGUGGACAAAGAAGAUGAAACAUUUCAGGAGAGCAAUAAGAUGCAUGCAAUCAAUGGCUUUGUUUUUGGGAAUUUACCAGAGCUGAACAUGUGUGCACAGAGACGUGUGGCCUGGCACUUGUUUGGCAUGGGCAAUGAAGUUGAUGUCCACACAGCAUUUUUCCAUGGACAGAUGCUGACUACCCGUGGACACCACACUGAUGUGGCUCAGAUCUUUCCAGCCACCUUUGUGACUGCCGAGAUGGUGCCCUGGGAACUUGGUACCUGGUUAGUUAGCUGUAAAGUGAACAGUCACUUUCGAGAUGGCAUGCAGGCACUCUACAAGGUCAAGUCUUGCUCCAUGGCCCAUCCUGUGGACCUGCUCACAGGCAAAGUUCGACAGUACUUCAUUGAAGCCCAUGAGAUUCAAUGGAACUAUGGCCCGAUGGGGCAUGAUGGGAGUACUGGGAAGAAUUUGAGAGAGCCAGGCAGUAUCUCAGAUAAGUUUUUCCAGAAGAGCUCCAGCCGAAUUGGGGGCACUUACUGGAAAGUGCGAUAUGAAGCCUUUCAAGAUGAGACAUUCCAAGAGAAGAUGCAGUUGGAGGAAGAUAGGCAUCUUGGAAUCCUGGGGCCAGUGAUCCGGGCUGAGGUGGGUGACACCAUUCAGGUGGUCUUCUACAAUCGUGCCUCCCAGCCAUUCAGCAUGCAGCCCCAUGGGGUCUUUUAUGAGAAAGACUAUGAAGGCACUGUGUACAAUGAUGGCUCAUCUCACCCUGGCUUGGUUGCCAAGCCCUUUGAGAAAGUAACGUACCGCUGGACAGUCCCCCCGCAUGCCGGUCCCACUGCUCAGGAUCCUGCUUGUCUCACCUGGAUGUACUUCUCUGCCGCAGAUCCCAUAAAAGAUACAAAUUCUGGCCUGGUGGGCCCGCUGCUUGUGUGCAGGGCUGGUGCCUUGGGUGCAGAUGGCAAGCAGAAAGGGGUGGAUAAAGAAUUCUUUCUUCUCUUCACUGUGUUGGAUGAGAACAAGAGCUGGUACAGCAAUGCCAAUCAAGCAGCUGCUAUGUUGGAUUUCCGACUGCUUUCAGAGGAUAUUGAGGGCUUCCAAGACUCCAAUCGGAUGCAUGCCAUUAAUGGGUUUCUGUUCUCCAACCUGCCCAGGCUGGACAUGUGCAAAGGUGACACAGUGGCCUGGCACCUGCUCGGCCUGGGCACAGAGACUGAUGUGCACGGAGUCAUGUUCCAGGGCAACACUGUGCAGCUUCAGGGCAUGAGGAAGGGUGCAGCCAUGCUCUUUCCUCAUACCUUUGUCAUGGCCAUCAUGAAGCCUGACAACCUUGGGACAUUUGAGAUUUAUUGCCAGGCAGGCAGCCAUCGAGAAGCAGGGAUGAGGGCAAUCUAUAAUGUCUCCCAGUGUCCUGGCCACCAAGCCACCCCUCGCCAACGCUACCAAGCUGCAAGAAUCUACUAUAUCAUGGCAGAAGAAGUAGAGUGGGACUAUUGCCCUGACAGGAGCUGGGAAUUGGAAUGGCACAACCAGUCUGAGAAGGACAGUUAUGGUUACAUUUUCCUGAACAACAAGGAUGGGCUCCUGGGUUCCAGAUACAAGAAAGCUGUAUUCAGGGAAUACACUGAUGGUACAUUCAGGAUCCCUCGGCCAAGGACUGGACCAGAAGAACACUUGGGAAUCUUGGGUCCACUUAUCAAAGGAGAAGUUGGUGAUAUCCUGACUGUGGUAUUCAAGAAUAAUGCCAGCCGCCCCUACUCUGUUCAUGCUCAUGGAGUGCUAGAAUCUACUACUGGCUGGCCACUGGCUGCUGAGCCUGGUGAGGUGCUCACUUAUCAGUGGAACAUCCCAGAAAGAUCUGGCCCUGGGCCCAAUGACUCUGCUUGUGUUUCCUGGAUCUAUUAUUCUGCAGUGGAUCCCAUCAAGGACAUGUAUAGUGGCCUGGUGGGGCCCUUGACUAUCUGCCGAAAGGGCAUCCUGGAGCCCCACGGAGGACGGAGUGACAUGGAUCGGGAAUUUGCGUUGUUGUUUUUGAUUUUUGAUGAAAAUCAGUCUUGGUAUUUGGAGGAAAAUGUGGCAACCCAUGGGUCCCAGGAUCCAGGCAGUAUUAAUCUACAGGAUGAAACUUUCUUGGAGAGUAAUAAAAUGCAUGGUUCCUGAACCAACUGAGAAAGACAGAUGCUUAAGAUCAAAUGUGAACCUUAUUACUAAGAAGGCUAAUGGAAAAACUGAUUUCAGUUCUACAACUAAAUAGGCUUACUCACACUUCUCUGGCAACAGAUAGACAUUUCCACCUUGUCAUUGACAUAGAUGGACAGCAAUACUUUCCUCUUUGGCAGAGGGAGAAUCAUACCCACAGUGAAAUAAUGAAUCAGCUAUUGCCCAUUUCUGUGGCCCGACUGAUGAGUGAGAGAAAAGAUCAAUAAGAGGAUGAGUUGAUCAUGUUUAGUUUCCUCUCUGAAAUCCACAAUUUGGUAGACACAGAUACGGAUUAUAAAUGAUUGCUUCCUCUCUUGAGGAAUAAAGUGGAAAUUAUCUUCCCUCUGUAAGAACAUGAGAAGUGGGGGAAAAUUGUCCAGGGAAAAGUCCUGGAAGUGUGAAUUUUUAUAACAAUAAGUACUUUGAUGUCCUUGGAGCAUAAGAUGUGGCCUGGGAAGAGACCCAUACAUUAAUAUAUGUUAUUAUCCCAGGCAUUAAUAUCACUAUUCUAUGCAUUAAUGUUAUUAAUUCCAUGAAUGUGGCAGGUCUUUUUUUUUUAACAUUUAAUGUUGACUCAGCUGUCUACUGGGUGUUCUGAAAAAACACAAGGAAGCCAUAGUAAUGCAGUGUAUACAUACAUCCUUUUCUGCAUAUUAGGAACCUAUAGUCUAAUUAGAGAUGUAAGCUUUCACACAUGAAAAGACAGGUAAAUGUAGAAGACAAUUUCUUAUGAGUUCCAAUGAGUCAUGAGACAGUACUGGAGGAGUUCACAGGUGGAAGGGCAUGCAGGGAAUGAGAGGUAUGGAGAGGAACUAGGAGAUCAGGAAAGUCUUUCUGGGGGAGUGAAGACUUGACUAGGCUUUAAAAAUUUUAUAAAAGAAGGCAGGAUUUCUAGUAGGGAAUCUUAGAAACACAAGGAUAAAAAGAACAUGCAUAGACCAUUUGAGGGAUGGUGAAGAAAUCACCCUAAUUAGAAUAAGCAUGUUGGGUAGUGGGAGUUAAAUCUGGGAAGGUGGUUUGAAGUUAUAUUUUGAAGGAUCUUGUUGGGUGAAGUAAGGAUCCAUGGAUUUGCUCUUUGGAGCAGGAGAGAGUAAUUAAAAUAUUUGAAGCAGCAGAAUUAUGUCAUCACAUUCAGUUAUUUAGAGAGAUAAUUUUGAUAAUAUUAAUGUAAGAAGAUACCUUGAAAAGGGACAGAUGGAAUAAAGAUGAGACAAAUUAGGAGCCCAUUGCUAUCUUCGAGAAAAAAGAUUAGGACCAGGUCAGUGGCAAUGGGAAGUCAAAAGGAGAGAUGUAAGAAGCUUCUUCUUCUUCUUCUUC